CCAUCCUAUUACACCUCCGCUCUAACUCCACGAGUUUGAGUGGGGUUGACCUGGGCUUGGAAAGACACAGAACAGUUUAUCGCCAUAGAAACUACAACUUCCAUCAGGCACUUCUUCAACGGAACAGGAAAGGAUGUGGGGGCGUGGCCCCAACGCCCUGGUAGCUUGGAAGACAAACUACAACUCCCAGGAUGGCCUUGAGAUCUCAGUCGAGCGAAAAAAAGGAGUGAACUCGGCUGGAGGCUGGGCGGGGCCCGAACCGCCCCGACAGCCUCCAGAAAGGGGCGUGAUCGUAAUUUAGGGGCGUGGCCUCGUGGGCAGCAGGAAGAAGUUACCUGUUGACUCGCUCUAUCCAUUUUUUUUUCUCCCCCGGCCCUUGCAGCUACCCGUAAGAGGGAAGCCGCAAACCACAAGCCUCUUCCGAAAAAGAGGUAAGGGGAGGUAGACAAGGGCGGCGGAGGAGACUGGCUAUUGCAUUCCGCAGGAGGGCUCCAACAGCUACUUUUUACCUGCUGAGUCAGGUGAACCGGUCCAUCGGGGCGGGGACCAGCAUAUGAGAAAAGGAAAAGGACAUAGGAGGUAUUUAUUUGUUCGUUUUCCAGACUAAAUUUAGAGCCCUUCACCUGCAGACCCCAGUGCUCGGAAAAAGAGAAAAAACGGGGGCGACUUCUCUGCAGCAGAAGGAGAGACCUGUCUGGGCUUCCCUCCGUCGGUGUACCUCCUAGCCGCCCCCCCCAAAAGACAGAAUGGCUUCCGCCGUCUGGGGGAGUGCUCCUUGGUGGGGCCCACCGCCCCCAGCCCCAGCCCGGCCGCUCACGGACAUAGACUUCUGCUCUGGUGCCCAGCUGCAAGAACUAACCCAGCUGAUCCAGGAGCUGGGUGUGCAGGAGAGCUGGAGUGACGGGCCCAAGCCGGGACCAGACCUCCUCCAGGCUAAGGACUUUGUUUUCUCUUUGCUGGGUCUCAUUCACCGUCGGGACCCUCGCUUUCCUCCCCAGGCAGAGCUCUUGCUGCUUCGUGGCGGAAUUCGCGAGGGCUCCCUGGAUCUGGGGCCUACGCCUCUAGGUCCCUACGCCCGGGGACCUCACUAUGACACCGGCUUCACGCUCCUGGUGCCCGUGUUUUCACUAGACGACACUCAGGAGCUGCAACUGGACGUGGGAUCCUGUUACGCAUGGGUCUGCCUCCCAGAGCAGGUACGCGGAGCCUCCAUCAGGGAGGCAUGGCAGGAUUGCCUAGGACCCCCAGUCCCCGGAGAAGGUGAUUCCAUCCACCCAACCCAAAGUGAAGAAAGUCUCAAGGACCCGAAAACCUCUGUGGACCAGCCGCACGGUGACGUCACUGAUCCUGAGGCACACGAGUCUUUGGAAAAAUCACCUAGUAACGUUUCAGUGCCAGAGUCGCCUCAGCAAGACGCAACCGAUGUUGGCUUUCCCUCACCAUUGAAAAAAACGAAUGGUGACGUCACCAAAGCAGCCGACGUUAGCCCAAUGCCACAGCCCCAGCCGUCGGAGGCUCGGGAGGCAUGGCCCACAUUGUGUCCCGCCCAGGUGGCUGCCUGGUUUGCUUCGCUGGCUGCGGUCGCUGAGUCCCUGCUCCCGGUCCCAGGUGCCCCGCGCUUGGUUCACGCAGCCCGCCACGCUGGGUACACCACCAUCCUGCUGGCUACGCCCGGGCCCCCGCGCCGACUCCUGCUUUUCGACCUGAUCCCUGUGGUGUCCGUGGCCGGCUGGCCCGAGGGGGCUCGGAGCCACUCGUGGGCCGGCCCGUUGGCCACGGAGUCGUCCUCCUUCUACCUGGUGCCCGGCGGCGGCGGCGGCGGCGGCACAGAGCGGCCAGAAGCCUCUGGCUGGCAGCUCUGCUUCGCCCGCCAGGAGCUGGCGCUCAAGGCGCGCAUAGCCGAGCCGCUGCUGCAAGCGCACGCGGCAGCCCAGGCGCUGCUGCGCCCGCUGGUGGUCGGGACCCGGGCCGCAGCGCCCUACCUCCUGCGGACGUUGCUCUACUGGGCGUGCGAGCGGCUGCCCGCGCUCUAUCUGGCGCGGCCCGAAAAUGCGGGCGCCUGCUGCCUCGGGCUGCUGGAUGAGCUGGGCCGGGUGCUCGAAGCCGGGACGCUGCCCCACUAUUUUCUGAGUGGCCAAAAGCUCCGUGCAGGGGACGGCGCGGUUUCGCUGCUUGGGGCGUUGGCCCUGCUUCGCGGGGACCCUGCCCGGGCCCUGCGCGCCGCCGUGGAGGAGGCCAAGGCGGCGCGCAAGGGGGGCGGCUUAGCCGGCGUGGGAGGCGGGGCCCAUUAAAGAUGCUGCUCCAACUGGCCUGGAAAGUGCUUCUGUUGGCCAGCGGAAUGUGGAGGGCACUGCUCUCCCCUCACCUGGGAGACAGGCUGAGCGCCCAGGUCCCAAAGAGCCCGUUCUAGAAGGCCUCCUCGUCGAUUCCUCCCCAUCCUCCCACCCUCCUCCUGGCACAGGUUCCAUUCUGGCCUCUCCACUUUCCGGAUCUGUGGCCAGCACCCCUCCUGCUCCCGUGCAGCCUUCGGGGCCGCCGUCUUCCCCCCCCCCCCCCCCCCAGUUCUUAUGGUCUUUUCUCUUUGGAGUCAAUAUGGAUGGGGGUGGGGGAAAUUAUUUGCUGACAAAACGUGGAAAAAAAGCGGUAUGGAGACCAGGAGCUGACCAGUUUGAAAAGCGGAGUUGUUAAGGAGGCCAGAUUUCACCCCAGGCUAGAACUCACCACCACUCCUAUCUCUUCCGUUACUCCCCCCCCAACCCCGCCCUUUCCUCAUCCAGCCGUCCUCCAUCCCGUGUAGUAGGGUAGUAGGGUCCCUUUCUCCAUUCUCCAGGCAUCCGCCAUUCCAUCUGACGCCCAACCUCUCCCCCCAUCCAGGGUUCCGUUCAGUGGAGUCGCCUUCUUGUCCCUCAUCCUCUGAACCCCGAGACAUGCGGCCUUGCCUCGGCUCCGCCUGCCUCUAAGGCCGUCCUCACUCUCAGCCACCAAGGAACCCCGGGGUUCCGCCCGCCCAGUUUCACCCCCCUCUUUCCCAGCGUCUCCGCCCCCUGCCCCGCCCCCGGGCCGGCUCUCCGAGGAGGGGGAGCUGCUGUCGCCGUCGCCGCCUCAGCUUCCCACAGCCGCUACCGCUGCCGCCGCUGCCGCCUCGCCGCUUGGUCCAGCCGCCAGGCCCAGUGCUCACUUCGCCCGACCAGGGCGCUCUGCGGAGACACCCUCACUCCUUCCUGGGGUCCGGGACGCCUAGCUGGGCGUGGGGGGAAGCUCCGCUUGCGGGGUACAGGGAGGGAGGAGCCUGGAACCGGAGCCAGCGCCAGCCGUCGCCGGAUCGACAAGACAGGACAGGUGACAGAGGGCCCUUCAGACAACCACCUGGUGUAACCACUAGGAAGGGCGGAUUUGGAGGUGACUUCAAAAGGAGUGGAGGGUAACAAGAGCCUCAGCUCAAAGGCAUCGUCACCAAACUGUUCUGCCGCCAGGGGUUCUACCUCCAGGCGAAUCCCGACGGGAGCAUCCAGGGCACCCCAGAGGACACCAGCUCUUUCACCCACUUCAACUUGAUCCCCGUGGGGCUCCGUGUGGUCACCAUUCAGAGUGCCAAGCUGGGUCACUACAUGGCCAUGAAUGCUGAGGGGCUUCUCUACAGCUCGCGCCGUUCUGGCCGGGCCUGGUACCUGGGCCUGGACAAAGAGGGCCGAGUCAUGAAAGGCAAUCGAGUCAAGAAGACCAAGGCAGCCGCCCACUUUGUGCCCAAGCUCCUGGAAGUGGCCAUGUACCGGGAGCCUUCUCUCCACAGUGUCCCUGAGACCUCCCCUUCCAGUCCCCCUGCCCCCUGAAAUGUAGUCCCUGGACUGGAGGCUCCCUGCACUCACACCGAGCCAGCCAGCCACCACCCCAGCCCUGCUCCUGGCCCUGCUCUCACCCCUGCUGCCACACUCAUGCCCUCAGCAGCCAGGUCCCACCAGGUGCUCUAAUCUGAGGGAGCCCAGGGGCUGGCUCUGACUUCCGGAGCCGCCAAGACUCUUAGAUCCUGGGAUCUGGGAGGGGGCUCAGAGAGGGGAUUGUCUGAAAAUGGUCCUGGCUGAUCCGUUCUUUCCUCCCACACCCACACCAUCCAAAGCCUUCCCCCAAGAUGGCACUGGGGGUUCCCAAACUGACAGAACCAGGGCAUAAAUCCUCCCCACUAUGGGCUUGGCCACUUCCUGGAGCCCUUUGCCCGUUCCAUUGCUACUGAGCCAUAGAUUUUUAGGUCCACUGGAGCUCAGGAUUCCUUUCCUUCUUGCCCUACUCCACCUUCUGCCUUGUUCUGGACCGGUUCUGGAAUAUUCAGGCUCCCCAGCCAGGGCCAUUUCUGCACUCAGGCUCUGUGCUGGAACACAGGCAUGCUGCCAGGCUCUGUUCUGGAUCCAUCAUGCUUCUAUCCUUGACCCAGAUGGACCCCUGGUUUCCAAGUAGAGAGAGGCUGGAUUUAAGCCCUGUCCAGCUGUUGGCCUUGGCCUGCACUGGGACCAGUCUCAGAUCACCAUAGGUUUAACUUUCUUAUCCCAGAGACACCCAAUUCCAGAGCAUGUGUUCUAGACACAUAUGGAGCCAUACUUCCUUCUGAAUCUCAGCUCUAGGACAUAGACCACGACUCUCAGCCCUUCCCGCUGUGAUGGAACUGAGGCCUCUAUAGCCAUGUUAUUGCUUUAAAAUAAGUUCUAGGCCCACCCUCUCCCCUUCUCUAGUGAUGCCUGUUAAGGAUGAGCUCUGGAAAGGACCCAGCUAUGAUUCACAAAGAACGAAGUUCUGGAUAAAUCAAGAACCAUUUCUUGUUUUUCCUAGAUAAUUUUUUAAAAAUCUUCUUCCUCUAGAAUGCUAACCUUAUUUUUACAUGCAGUUUUUAGCUCCUGCAACUCAGCUGGGGUCCUGCCAGGGAGACAGAGUCUGAGGAAGGGCAGAGGAGUUUUGGAAGGAUCCCUGGCUCAUAGUAGGGAAGCUAGGAUGGGGAAGGGGCCAGAACCAUGCAUGAUUGGACCUGUGCCUGGGUUAUGGGGAUGUGAACACUUAGCUACCUCAGCAGGAAUUCCUUCCAGGUCCCUUUUAAAGCUGAGGUCUUUAGGGUAACUGGUCUAGAAUAAAAAAGACAAAUGAGGAGUUCCCGUUGUGGCCCAGUGGUUAACGAACCCAACUAGUAACCAUGAGGUUGGGGGUUCGAUCCCUGGCCUUGCUCAGUGGGUUAAGGAUCCGGCAUUGCCCUGAGCUGUGGUGUGGGUCGUAGACACGGCACACGGAUCCUGCGUUGCUGUGGCUCUGGUGUAGGCCGGCAGCUACAGCUCCGAUUCGACCCCUAGCCUGGGAACCUCCAUGUGCCGUGGGCGCAGCCCUCAAAAGACAAAAGACAAAAAAAAAAAAAAAAAAAAACAACCAAAAAACAAAUGAGAGGAGUUCCCGUUGUGGCUCAGAGCCUAAGAACCCGCCUAGUAUCCAUGAGGAUUCAGGUUUGAUCCCUGGCCUCACUCAGUGGGUUGAGGAUCCGGCAUUGCUGCAAGCUGCAGUGUAGGUCACAGAUGCAGCUUGGAUCCUGAAUUGCUGUGGCUGUGGCGUAGGCUGGCAGCUGCAGCUCCAAUUCAACCCCUAGGCCGGGAACUUCCAUAUGCCGCGGGUACAGCCAAAAAAAAAAAAAAAAAAAAAAAAAGACAGAUGGAACAUAGCCACACCCCCCUUUGCCACAGCAAUGAAGUGAUACCAGUUCAGCAAUAAGUCCCAUCCCUUGCCCCUACAGGUCAGGCCACGGAGGGAGGGUGAGGGCCUCUUCUCUAGACCUCAUACAUCCCAGAGCUUCUUCUGAGUAGAACUUGCUUUAUUUUACAGCCUAUAAUCUCAGCUGGGUUUUGGGUACCCAGAAAGGGCCUGACUAGAUUUUUCUGAAAAAUAUGGAGACCUAAGGGCAGGCCUGAAAAAGAUCAGAGGUCAGCAGAGAACUAGGAGGGAGGCUCUGAGUAACUUCAGACCUGGGCAAGGAAGACUGAGGGGGCGCUAAAGGGAGGGCCUGGGGCUCAGAGGCAGGUCACUUUUCCUCAGGCUCUUUCUACUUCUGGCUUGUUGCAAGAGGGGUGGAUGCUCCCCUCACCCACACAGAACCCCGCUCAGGCUCCACCCAUCUCCUGGCUCUGCUCCCCAGGGACCGGGUCUCCACUCCAUGCUUUCUCAAUUAAAGAUUAAAGACGAUUUAUACAA